UCGAUAGCCUGUAGUCACUACUAGAAAUAUUGCGGGAAGAAUCUCAUCCGGGAAGCCCCCACUGCAGUGUUAUAAGGCGCCACAGCAACCUAGAUUAACAGGAAAUUCAGUUUUCACCGCUUAUUUCCAAUUUGUGGCUUAUCGAGCGAGUAUCUCAUCACUAGGUUUGUACACAUUUCCGGGCUUGUUAUCACCAGUUGUGUGUGGGACCUGAGUGUGGUUUGUUCACGAAGCGUCGGGAAAUACUGACAUGUCAUACGAAAAACACAUUUUGUGAUUAUCAGGGAUUCUUACAAGUGUGAUUUAAGGUGUGUCUGUAAGUCUGUGCGAACAGUGUGUUCUAUCGUAAAUGACCUGCAGAUUGGCGUAUGUGAUGGACACAACUCAACGGAAUAUAUUUGAUUCUAAGGAAGGGUGACACUAGCACAUACAGAGAUGGCCACGGUAGGAUAUAAUCCUGGGGAGAUGAUAGACUCAACCAUAGUAGUCGUGGCGGAUGAAAUCAUAGACAACGCUGCCCCGAUAGUGAUAGAAUACACCGCCGAGUUCAACCGUUCGUGGUUAGUCCGCAUCGGAGAAGACCGGAACCGUUCGUACUUUACGUACUAUUCCGAAUUCAACCGAAGUUCUCCUGGGAUCGUCCACGUAGAAAUCUUCUUCCUUGUACUUCUGACUAUAGUGUCGACAGUCGGAAACGGUUUGAUAAUGUAUGUGGUGCUUUCAAACAAAAAACUGCGGACUAACACAAAUCUAUUUAUAGCCAACAUGUGCGUGGCAGACAUCUUGUUCACGUUGACGAAUCCUGUGAUCGGGGUUGUUCGGUAUCAGGAGUCGUGGGAGCUCGGAGAGACGUCGUGCGGAUUCUUACUCUAUAACCAAGUCGUCUGUGCCGUGGUGCUGCUUUGGAGCAUGACUCUCAUAAGCAUGGACAGACAUCGCUGCAUUGUGAAAACACUGUACAAACGCUUGACGGAGCUUGCCGCAAAGAUUGCCAUAGCUGUUUGUUGGAUUCUCACACUAGGUUUAGCAGUCCCGGUGAUCAUUUAUUUCAACGUUGAAGAAUUUGACUUUGGGACUACCACAGUUAAGAUUUGCACUUUAAUGUGGCCAACAGGAGCAUUAGUGCGUAUUUCAACCGUCUUUGUGACAAUUUUGGUUGUUUUUGCGUUCUUCAUUCCAUUCGUUAUCAUAUUAUUUAACUAUAUUAGCAUAUUUAAAACACUAUGGAAGACGCGGAACACAAUGAUACGCCAACUGUCCAGCUAUAUACCGAAAAAAUCGCACCAACCCGACGGCAAGGCGAAAAGACAAACUAUCAUGGAGGCAAGAAACCGGCGAGAUUUCCGUGUAGUGAAAAUGUUGGUUUCGACUGUGGGGAUAUUUACCUUGAUGUGGUUGCCAAUGUGUAUUGUGUUUCUUCUUAUUCUUAAAGACGGUAUCACCGAAUCAAUGAAAACAAGUUCAUGGGCGUUCCUUCUCGCUACCUGCAUUGCCUUCGCUAAUGCUUGUGUCAAUCCAAUAAUAUAUGGUUUAUUCAAUGAAAAAUUCCGUCUUGAGAUCCGAAAAUUGUUUCGCCGAUUCCGAUUCCCCGGAACGAAACGAAAGGAGUCGGCAAGCAGGUCAAACAUUCAGUCCGUUAGCGCCCUAGCGGAUAUUGACGCAACUAUCACUCCGUCCAACUCAAGUGAGCAAUGGAAGGACAGUUGCAUUAGCAUCCCUGAGACAAUCAAGACUACAGAGACCGAACUACAGGAAUAGAGGUCCAUUCCACACGAACGUUUCACGAAACGCAUCAAGCAUAAAGCGAGUGCUGAGAUUCAUUUGUGGACAGCUUCUUUGCCAGAUACGCAUGUACCACCUCGGGUCAGGAGAAGAAACCAUCUUUAAGAGAGGCAUAAUGUUGUAAAGAUGGUUUGUUUUCCCGCACCUAGGUCGUCCAGGCGUAUCAGGCAAAGAGCCAAUAUUGUUUAUGCAGCGUGGUAUUCUGUAAAUAGUUUUCUACUGGGCGUCCCAAUUAAUUCGUAUUCAUCAAACUGGUAUUCCGUUAUUUUUUUGUUAAUUUGAAAAUAAUUGUUUGAUUCGGGUUUAUUUCUGUUAUAGAGACGAAUUUGACGCAUGCAGUUGUGAUGAAGUACGUCUAUUUGUAAUAAACGAGAUAAAUUAUCA